UAAAAACGUCACUCAAUGGAUUCUACUUCCGCUAGCGUCUGACAAGUAAUUACCAGAAAUAGAAAAGGGUGCCACUUGUCUUAUUCACGUCUGAACACUAUUCAACUUGUACCAGUUUUCUUUUUAAGUUACACAAAUGGCUUACCCGGGAUACGGUGGGUAUGGCAGCCCAAUGCUGCCCCAAGGAAUGCGUGGAGGACCAAUGGCAAGACCUGCACUGAAUCACAUGGUUGGACCAACGCUUGGACCAAUGGGAGGUGCACCGCCACAGGGUGGCGGUUAUGCCCCUUACGGAGUAGGCUAUCCGGGCACAUAUGGUGGUUUGGCCCCAGCUGCCAAUGACCCAAUGUGGGGUUACUUCACAGCCAUUGCUGGCCAGGAUGGUGAGGUGGAUGCGGUGGAGCUGCAGAGGUGUUUAACUCAAUCUGGCUUCACUGGAACCUACAACCCAUUUAGCUUGGAGACAUGCAGAAUCAUGAUUGCGAUGCUCGAUAGAGACUAUACGGGUAAGAUGGGCUUCAAUGAGUUCAAGGAGCUGUUUGUGGCGCUGAACGGCUGGAAGCAGAACUUCAUAAUGUUUGACCGGGACAGUAGCGGUACUGUUGAGCCCCACGAGAUGAACCAGGCAAUCAGCUCUAUGGGAUACCGCAUCAGUCCUCAGGCUCUGAAUGCUGUCAUCAAGCGCUACAACAAAGGGGGCCGCAUCUAUUUUGACGACUAUGUGGCCUGCUGCGUCAAGCUUCGUGCGCUCACAGAUACAUUUAAGAGGAGAGAUACCAUGCAGCAAGGUUCUGUACAUUUUGGCUAUGAUGAUUUCAUCCUUUGCACAAUGUCCAUUUAAGUGAUGCUGGUGGGUGGAGCAACCGUGUCAAAAUCCUUUUGGUGAGCCAAUUAGGGAUUGCCCCUGGACCAAUCACUGUACAGCAAAAGCAAUCAUGGCCAGUUGGGUGGGUGGAGGCAUUAUAGACACGGAACCUUUUUGCUUGUAAAGCUUGCGCAAACAUUAACAAUGUAUUUGCUUAUUAUGGGAUGUGCACAUACUAGUAUAAUUUUUAAAUGGGUAAAGCCAAGGGUAGAGGAAUAGUUUAUAAAAGUGAUUUGGUGACACCUGUGCCAUUUAAUGAAUGUGCCAACGUGGAGUGAAGAUCAUGGGGUCUUAUAGAAAACUUUAUACAAAAAUAUUUUCAAUACAUGGACAGUAUCAAGUUGUAUUUUUGUAGCCCCUAAAAGAGACUGCACGUAACCGGUGCUGUAGUAUAUCUUAUUUUGUUACUCACAAGGUAUUUUAUAAAUCCUGUAUUCUUUGUGUUUAUUGAUUUUUGUACAAUUGUGCAAAUUUUCAAGUCUCCUUGCACAUUCUGUUCAAUUUCAUUAAAGAACAAACAUUCAGAUCAA